ACAUUAUGGACGCAAAAGGUGGGAAAAUGUAGCAAGCCCAUUGUUUUUUUUUUUUUUUUUUUAAUUGCAGUUCAGUUUUAACAAUUUGUAUUGUAUAAACAACUGCAAUUGUUGCAAAACGUAUGGUAUGUUUGCUUUCCCAUAACUUAAAACUUAGUAAAGUUACAGAUUUUACUAAGAGACGGAGAAGCAGUACCCUAUUUGGCUAUUUCAAACCGGUAUGGAGCUGUCAAAAAAUGAAAAAUUCCCAAGUGAUAUUAAAAUGGCACCGUCUGAAAAAGAAGUGGAGUCAAAAGAGGAAAGUUCGCCACGAAUCCCAAGACAAACCAAAACCUCCACGGCAAGAGUUUUAAGUCAUGAGGAUCUGGAGAGACUCAGCGGUGACCAAGCUCUAGUGUCCGACUUCAAACACAUGAAAUUGGAGAAAGAAGCUCAGAAAAAUUGGGACUUAUUUUACAAAAGAAACACCACUAAUUUCUUCAAGGACAGACACUGGACCACCAGAGAAUUUGAAGAACUCAAAGCUUGCAGAGAGUUUGAGUCCCAGAGGCUGGUGUUGCUUGAGGCCGGCUGCGGUGUGGGAAACUGCAUCUUCCCUCUGCUAGAGGAUGACCUCCGCAUCUUCAUUUACGCCUGUGACUUCUCUCCACGAGCUGUUGAAUUUGUCAAACAAAAUCCUCUGUACUGCCCUGAGCGCUGCUGUGCCUUCCAGUGUGAUUUAACUAAAGAUGAUCUGAGGGGAAAUGUGCCAGAGGGGAGUGUAGAUGUUGUCACUCUCAUCUUUGUCCUGUCGGCGAUCCAUCCUGACAAGAUGAAGCUGGCUCUGCAGAACAUCAGCAGGGUGCUGAAGCCCGGAGGCAUUGUACUGUUCAGGGACUACGGCCUGUACGACCAUGCCAUGCUCAGAUUUAAAGCUGGCAGCAAACUGGGGGAGAACUUCUACGUCCGCCAAGAUGGGACCAGAUCUUACUUCUUCUCUAAAGAGUGCCUGGCUGAGCUCUUUGAAGAGUCAGGCUUCCAGUCUGUAGCUAACGACUAUGUCUUCAGAGAGACGGUCAACAAGAAAGAGGGGCUUUGUGUUCCCAGGGUGUUCCUGCAGAGCAAAUUCACCAAGCCCGACCAGUCACAGAGCUCCUGAUGUCACCUCAUAAGUCUCCCAGAGAGAAGUGUCUGGUUGAAGUAGAAUGGUAAAAAAAAUUAUGACAUUUCUUUGGGGACUUGGUAGCUCAAAUGUGUCACACAGAAGGGGGCCUGCAGCUGAGAGACUGGCGGCUUUGAAUCCUUCACACCAAAAGGGAACUACUAGUGGGUAAGGUACUGUAGAUUAAUAAUACCUUCUCCCAUGAAUUUACUGCGGUCCUUUGCUCAGGAGAAAGGUUCAGUGACACACUGGAGCUGCUCCUUUUCCAACACAGAAAGACAGAGAAUUAUGUGGCACUGUGUGGACAUGAAAUACAAAACUGCUGGAUCAAUAAUGAACAGUUUGAACUCAUAGUUCAUUACCUUUGUAAAACUUUGAUCAGCCAGUAGAAUGUAAUGGUUAAUUUUAAACAAGUUCAUUUUAAUGUUUUUCACCAGCCGAGCUUAUCUAAACUGGGCAAAUCAGAUGUGUUCAGCUGCUUUGUUUUCUUUCAUACCUGUGUAAAAUAGUUUUGAGAAAUCGCUCAUAGUCUCACACCUUGAACAUGUGCUAUAAACCACAGACUCACAUAAUAACCAUACAUAUUCUGUAAUUUCCUGGCUUUUUAAAAAUAAUUAUUUAGGUGGUUUUCAAAUAUCUUUACAUCCUUCAGAUGGUUGUGUGCUCUGCCAUAGGCCUUGAUCCGUGACAAACCUCUAAACAGAAAUUAUUAUGCUUUUCUGGUUUUAAAUAAUUUGCUUUGCAUUUUUGUCUUGAUGUGAUAGUUGGAUAAUAUUUUACAGAUGUUAUAAAAAUCUUACCUGACUAAGAGAGCAGUCUAUUCAGUAUACUGUAACAAUGAAACAGCCUCAUCCGCUCCAGUUUGACAUUACUCAGGUUGUCCAGCGGGGUGCACUGUUUGAGUGGCGAUUAACCAAAAACACAGCCUGAGUAUGGUUCAGUGCACAACAAAGAAACUCUCACUGGUUUCAAGGUGUGUGCAAGACAAAGCACACUGAGGUGUAAAUGUCCUGUUGUCAGUCUGUCCCUAUCUCCUGAUGGUUAUUGUAAACAUACAGCCUCUGGGUCCUCAUACUAAAAUCCAAAAAGGCAGAACACAGCUUCCUAGUCAGAAUAUUGUCUUCAUAAAUUUGUCAAAUAUUUUCUCUUCUUUUUGCCAUAACAGGAGGCUAAAUGGUGCUGGGCUGGAGAUCACCUGGGGGGGAUCAAACUGGUAGUUAUGGAGCUGUCAGGUUAACUGAGGAUACCUUAAAACCUUGUGUACAUGAAUAACAGUGGACAUUAAAAAACAAAACAAAAAAAAAGAUCCACUGUGGUAAAUUUGUCAGGGCUCUGUGCUGAGCACCUUGCAUCAUGCUCUAAAUGUGGCUUCCUGUUCACUGAGUGUGCCACCCACUGAUGCCCUUCUGGGUGAAUCUUUCAGCAGAAAAGCACAAAUGUGAAAAAGGUUUGAACAUUUAAAACAAGACAAACGAAAUGAGCAGUAAUUAUACAGACUCUCAACACAUCAAACACUUUUGACCAAGUGAAGAUUUUAUGUUGCGAACAUGAGGUUAUUUCUGUUGCUUUCUAAACUGAGGAUGUGAAGCCAUUGACACAGAACUUGAUUAAAAACACAAAACAAUCUUGUCUGUUGUUCAUACUGUAUGUCAGCAGGUAAAAGUGACUGUUUUGUCUGUUUGGUUUCUCCUUGUAUGAGAACUUGCAGAGGGUAUUAAAAUGCCUGUAAAAUCUCAUUUGAUUCAGUUAAACAGUCCAGACAUGAAUUUGUAUCGAGGGGGCAAAAUAUUAGGAACACUUUACAUCAAAUGCCUAAAGCCCAGCAGGGGUGUGAGACUUAGUGCAUGUGUUCAUGUCCAGUCCUUUUGCAUUUUCACAUGAGUAAAUACUGUCAUGCAGAUUCAGGUAGAACUGUGAAGAAAAUUAAUUUGUAAACUUAAUAUCAGUGCCCACCUUGUCAUUGUUCCCGUUUCUCUUUCUGUUAAGUUCUUUCACGUUUGUUUCAUGGA